AUGCACCAGAUCACUCCCGCAGCGCGGCUCUGCUUGUUAUACCCUGUGCGAAUACCCUCCAGCCGUGUGUUCCGCUGUGCAACGGUGCACCGCAAGCAUGCCUUUGUGAGAAGGCUGCGCGCUGGUUAUGCUCGAGCCGAGGCCUCGCCGGGCCCAAACCACACGCCGGCGAGCGAAGACCUCAAUCUCCUGCACACGGAGCUCCACGCCGCUGUGGCUUCCCAGGACUUCUCGAGGGCCAGUCAGCUGCGCGAUCGGAUAGCCGCGACCACAGGAUCCCCUCCCCCCGGCUCCUGGGAGGAGCUGGGGCUACCCCCCUGGCUCGCAGACCGCGCCCGGCAGCUGGGGUUCACCCUCCCAACCACCACCCAGGCCCGCGCCAUUCCUGCUCUGCUGUCCGGCACCGACGCCUGCGUCACCGCCCAGACAGGGUCCGGCAAGACCCUGGCCUUCGUGCUCCCCGCGUUGGCGGCACUGGAUGCGUCUCCAGCUCUGUACCCCGAGGACCUCGAGGCGAGUUUAUGA